AUGGACGACCAGUUUGGAGGCCGAACAGACGACGAUCUGUUCUACGACGACUUCGAGCCCGUCGAGUCUGAGGCCGUCUUGAUCACCGAAGAGCCGUAUAUCGCGCCUUACACGCAGUCCGCGCCAGCUGUCGAACCAGCGCCAGCUCCGGUUCCUACACCAGACCCAGCUCCUGUUGAGGCUCCAACUCCCGUUCCCGCUGCACCAUCCCGACAGAGUCAAACUCCUCCAUCCUCCAAGCCGUCGCCAGCUCCCACGCCCGCUGCGGGUAGAGGCAAGAAGGCCAACAAGGGUCUUUCGUCUUCUAGGUUCGCCGAAAACCCGUCUCCAAAGCCGUCUCCCGCGCCAGCAGAGGCUCCUACACAAGCACCGAAGCCAAGGUCGAAGCAGACGCCGAAGCAAGCGCCGAAGCCAGCGCCGAAGCCAGCGCCGCAAGAAAGUCCUCAGCAAGAUUCUCAACAAGGAGCCCAGAAAGGAGCCCAGAAAGGUCCUCAGAAGGGUCCUCAGAAAGGUCCUCAGAAAGGUUCUCAGAAAGGUCCUCGGCAAGGUCCUGCAAAUGGUCCUACACCAGCUCCCGAACAGGCCCCCGCACCCGAAGUUCCAACCGAAGCUGUAGCUGAGGAUACCACUCGGGCCCAGACACAGUCGCCUCCACCCAAUGGAGGCCCUAUCUCCAAGGAGAGACCACAGCGAAUAUCGCCGCCGCAAAAUACUGCCGUCAGCGCCGACGUACGUGCCAAGUCUGGCUCUAACCCGCGCCAAAAACUUACCGACAAUGAGCUGGCUGCCAAGAUGGAGAAGAUGAAACUGCUGUCAGCAGAGAAGGCGCGCAAGUUUGAAAUGGCAGAACAAGACGAGAAGCAGCACGCCGAGGCAUACGCGCGAGGAAUGGAAGAGGCGCGCAAAAGAAGAGCUGACGAGGCAGAGAGGAGGAAACGCGGCGAAGAAGACAGACGCAAGUUGGAGGACGAGCGGGCGAAGAAUCGAGAGAGGAAACUCAAGGCUAUGAACAUCAAGGAUGGCAGCUGGGACGAAGGGAAAGAGGCUUUGGCCGCAGAGGAGGCUAGAAGAGGAUUCCGCGGCGCCAAUGGUGGCAUCAGGGGAACGACGAGUCGAGGCCUGGGUGGAAGCCGAUAUGCUCGGGGCGAGGAUGUUCGGGGCGAGGGCGCUUGGGGCGAAGAAGCUCCAGAUGUCGAUCGUUUCCUGGAUGACCGCUACCGGGGCCGUGGACGGGGAGGUCGUGGGAGAGGCGGCAAUGGCCGAGGCAGGGGUCGUGGCCGAGGCGGUUAUGAUGGACCAGUCAACGACGGUCGUCCAGAAGCCCCUGCUGUGGACAACUUUAAGAAAGCAGCCCCUGUCGCUGACGACUUUCCUGCCCUUCCUGCUGGAAAGAACAGCAACAACAGUGACAACACAAAAACGGACACAGAACAGAGCAGCAAUGCAGAGCCAAAACCCACCAUGGCACAGGCGGCGCGGUUAGCGAUGGCCCCCCCUCAGCCGCCUCUACCGCCUAUUGAGCCUGGCGGUGCGUGGGAUGACGAGAUGGAAGCUCUUGAUGCUAUGAAACAGUCUAAAAUAUAG